CGGGAAGGUACUGGGGUCAAUAGACCACAGUGCAUUUUAGCCGUAAAUUAAUCCAGUACGGGCUAUUGUGACGUCAUGUCGGGCUAUACACCGGACGAGAAGCUCCGACUCGAGCAACUGCGGACGCUUAGGAGGCGAUGGCUGAAGGACCAGGAGCUGAGUCCAAGGGAGCCGGUCCUUCCGCCUGCUAAAAAGGGCCCCGUGGAAAACUUCUGGGGCAACUUCCUGCAGAAAAAGAACCUUUGGAGGAUCUACACCUUUAAAGCAUAUAAUGCUGGUGUUUUCACAUUAACAAGACUGCUGAUUCCAGCGUGGAUUGUUCAUUACUAUAUGAAGUACCAUGUGCAGACUAAGCCCUAUGCCAUUGUUAACUUGAAACCUCGACUAUUCCCUGGGGAUACCAUUCUUGAGACUGGAGAAGUUAUUCCACCAAUAGAGAAGACUAGCAGUGGACACCAUUAAACCUGCAACACUUUUUACUUUGCUCUAUUUCCAAAACCCAAAAUAUUGCAAAAAUCCUAAACUAAAUACAUAUAUUUAAGAAAAGGU